CGGGCUGAUUCUCGGAGAAUCGUCUGACCAGCAGCUUUAACACAUAAACAUAUAGAGGCUGUGCGGUGGGUGUGCGUGCCGCGCAGAGAGCGACUCCAAUCACCGCCGCUCUUCUCUGGCUGAAUUUCUCUGACUGACGUCAGCUGACUCUCGGCUCCUCCGGACACAGCGCCGCGUAAAAAAAAAAAAAAAAAAAAAAUGCUGCUCUCGGUGCCGCCAAGGACAGGAAUCAGCCCGUACGGCGGCUACACCGGCAAAAGCCACAAGAAGCAGACAUAUGUGUCCCCCUCCAACCAUCAGAUGGCUCCUCCAAGCCCCAACGGCAACGGCAACACGACCACGUUCAGCAAUGGCAGCAGCAACAGCAACAGCGGGCCAGAGCAGCUCAGCAAAACCAACCUUUACAUCCGUGGCCUGCAUCCAGGGACCACAGACCAGGAUCUGGUCAAACUCUGUCAGCCGUAUGGAAAGAUUGUGUCCACCAAGGCCAUCUUGGACAAGACUACCAACAAAUGCAAAGGCUAUGGCUUUGUGGACUUUGACAGUCCAGCCUCUGCUCAGAAAGCAGUGACAGCACUGAAGGCAGUCGGCGUGCAGGCUCAGAUGGCCAAGCAACAGGAGCAGGACCCCACCAACUUGUACAUCUCCAACCUGCCGCUGUCCAUGGAUGAGUCGGAGCUGGAGAACAUGCUGAAGCCCUUCAGUCAGGCCAUUUCCACUCGCAUCCUCCGCGACUCCAACGGGACCAGCCGAGGGGUGGGCUUUGCAAGGAUGGAGUCGACGGAGAAAUGUGAGGCUAUCAUCCAACAUUUCAAUGGAAAAUACAUCAAAACGCCGGCUGGAGUUCCACCGCCAACAGAACCUUUGUUGUGUAAAUUCGCUGACGGAGGCCAGAAGAAGCGGCAGAGCCAAGGCAAAUAUCUCCAGAACGGUCGGUCCUGGACGAGAGAUUCAGAGUCUGGAGGAAUGACCCUCACUUAUGAUCCCACCACAGCCCUACAGAACGGGUUCUACUCCUCUCCGUACGGCAUUGCCCCUAAUCGGAUGAUCGGACCAGCCUCCCUCUCCCCAUACAUGCCCUCACCUGUGUCCACCUAUCAGGUUCACAAUCCGUCCUGGCUACAUCAUCAGUCAUACAUCAUGCCUCCCACCGGAGCCGUCCUCGCGUCAGGAAUGGAGCCCUCCAUGUCCAUCCAGCCAACCUCCAUGAUGGGACCUCUGACGCAGCAGCUCAGCCACCUUUCCAUGGGCAGCAGCGGCACAUAUAUGCCCGCGAACGCAUCUAUGCAGGGGACCUUCAUACCCCCAUACACCCAAGUGCCUGCCACCAACAUCUCAGUUGAGGAAAGUGCCGUCCAACAGCCUGUUCCCAUUGGUACUCCAACAGAGCACACAGCGUACUCCUACCAGCAUAACAAAUGAAGAGAUGUUUUUCUGGAGCCUGGAGUGACUGUCCGGGGGCCGGAGUGCUGAAAGCCGGCUUCGUGACUCUCCGCGCAAAAGCAUCAGAAACUCGGAGGUCAGGCGGACAUCGACUGUUCCACAUAAAGGACACAAAAAAACAAAAGAUGUUUUUUCCAUGAACUCAUAUUUUAAAGCAAACUGGAGAAUAGCGGGGGACACAGGAAGAACUGAACAAGGAGCGUCUAUUUUGAUAAGAAGUCGAACACACUACACACUUUGAAAGGUUUUACAUCCCAAAUAUGGUUUCUUGUGUUACUCCAGUGAGCAAGAAAGAAACCAGGAAAAGAAUAUCCUGUUUUUUUUUGUUUUUUUGUUGACCUUUUGUAAAAUAUGCUGAGAUUACUUCCCUUUUUUUGUCUGAUAUUUUCAGCCGUCGAACUGCCUUUUUGUAAAAAAAAAUUUUUUUUUCUUCCUGUUUUGGUUUUUGUUUAUUUUUAGGGUUCUGAUUGGUGCAAGUAUGUGACGGAAGUACUUCAAACUGACAGGUCUUUUAUUCUCUUGGAUAGGGGACAAGUUGAUCAGUCGUGAAGCCGUAUUUAAGCGGGCGUGACUCCGAUAAUUUAUAGUCUCAACAAAGCUUCAGACAAUCACACAAAAAGAAGAUUACAAGUUAGGGAAAACUUUGAGGUGAGGGCGAUGGAUGACAGAUUUAUCACUGGCGACUUCCUGUAAAGAAUGACGUCUGUCUCAAGCAUUCCAGAUACAGAGGCAUGCAAAAGAUUCAUUUCAGUUUCUUGCUGCAAGAAGCUACGUAGGCAAGAGGACCCGAUUUGCAAAAGUCAUAAAGUUCAAGACAGCAUGUGCAGGUUAUUUAUGUAGUAGUUUCUAUCAACAGCCGAAGUAUGCAAACGAGUGCUGUUUGUCUUUUUAUUUGCUUCUGUGAGAUGUUUUGGAUUUUCUUGCAUUGUGGAUAGUAGUCAGACUGGCUUGGCACUAAAAUGGCCUGUGGUGAGACACACUACAUACGAUUCACAUCUGCAAAACUAGUUACGCAUUAAAUCCAAGUCAGAGCUGAAAGUCAGUUCAAACAGCACAGCACAUCCAGUACCCGCAGUUGUCCGACAGCAAACCUGUAUGCCAAACUAUUAUGUAACUUGCAGACAACCCCAUCUGAGGGCCCUUUUUUCUCCCAUUUCCUACCAAUACAGGCCCUCAUAUUUGAAUACCGGCUGGGAUAUGACGGAUCUGUGAUUUAUUUAAGGCAUAUUGCUGAGGAUGGUUAUUCUAUUUGAGCUUUUGCACACACAGUUCUGGGAUUCCAUCCGGGGUGUAAAACAUGUCUGGAUUGUUUGGGUGUUUGAGUUAAAAGCACACAAGUCAGAUUUUGUUGUCCUUGUUAUUAAGAUGCAGUGUUUCUUACUGUGACUCUCCCAUGAACGUUUGCAAUUAUAGAUGAAACAUUGACACAUUUGUCACCAAUUAAUUGAUUUUUUUAACUGAAAGGGUCUUUUUUUCAUUAUCACUGGAAUCUAGACGACUGUGCAGGGAAAUCAGGUUAUGUUCAGUUAGGUUAAAAUAAUACGUUGUGUAGGGCCAAGCAGUGUGACAACCCAAUAAUAUUAAGUAGCGUAUGUGCCAGUACAGGCAACCUAACCUACAAAACAACAAGUUUUGUGGGUUAGGUUGCCCCUAUUCUGAGGUGUGUCUGAGAGCAACUCGUUUUGUUGCUGUCUCUUUAAAUAUAAAAGAGGCACUUCACAACCCCGCCCGUCUCCAUGUCGCAGAGCGUUCCACUCCAAUCGGUGGUAUUGUUAAAUUCUGGGGGUCGUGUAAUGAACAAUCGAACAAUUUCACUUAUCCACCUGUAGCUACAGCAUCCUUGAGCUCGAACUACAAAAUUGCAGAAAAAAAAAAUAAAAUAAUAAUGGCCAGAUUGGUGAAAUUGGACAUCAUUAACCUUGCUUAGCAGCUCCGCUGCAAAAACGGAGACAUAAUUGUACAAAGAAUACAAUAGAAAAUAGAGAAAAUUGGACAUCUUAAAAAAUAUGACCUAAAAAAAAAAAGAUAUCUAAAGAUAUCUACGCAGCACCUGGACAGACUACAUUCAUAUUUCCUGCAAUCUUAGAGACUCCAGAUACACAACAAAAUGUAUUUUAGGGCUAAAAAAAGUGAAUUUUGGAUGCAAUGUCCCCUUUCAAGCUUCAACUUUCUCCCAUUAAAGAUGACCUAUAGUCCGACCAAGCAGGCGGUACAUUAUUUGGAAGAAUCUGACACUAUUUUCCAUGUAAAAUUGAACCAAUUCAUUUCACUUUCAGUAGAAAAACAAUCAGCAUCUUUAAAAAUAAUAAUUCACACAAAUAUUUUUUUUGAUUAUUGCUAUUUAAUUAUAUCAGUAUUAUAUAUCAGUACUAUAUAAAACUUGAUACAACAAGUAGGGAAGUUCGAUUGUUCUAUAAUGCAUUGCUUCUGCUUACUCCACCAUAUCAGGGACAAAUAAACACGCCUCUAUACGUCUUUAACUUUAUGCCCUUUGGCUGUUGGUCCUCUGCCUGCAAGCAGUGGUUAAAACUUCAACGUCAACUUUUGCAUGCCGCUGUAUUACCAAUUACAACAAAUAUUCACUCUGAGCUGUUCCACACAGUGCAAUCCAAAGCUGGGAAACGGGGAUCAAAACACACAGUCGCUUGUAAAUAAUAGACGCAUUAGGGGGUCAUUUGGACCUCCUUAAUUUAAAGAACGCUUUGGUUGUUUGUUUCACGUCGGUCCGACUGGUCUGGACUUUUGUCAUCUCCAUGUAAGAAAAGGUGAGGCUGAAUUUCUCCAGAACCCCAUGAAAAGGAUUUUUGAUCAACAGGAUUGAAUUGCUGUAAUUAGGUCAUGAAGACUGAGGCUCUGCCCUGUUAUAUCUAAAAAAAAGAAAAAAAAAGAAAACACUAUUAAGGUGAUUAUUUUGGCCAGUACAGAGUAGCUUUAAUCUGUACCGGCCAUUGCUGUAAGUUUGCCUGUUUUGUUUGUAACAUUUGUUAUUUAAAGGUUUUACUUCUUUUUUUUAAUAUACUUUCAAAAGUUUGUCCUGUUUUUCAAAGAGGCUUUGAUUUUUAUUUUUGAUAGGGUGUCGAGGGGGUAGAUUAAAGCGCAUUUUCUUUUCUCUUUUCCCCAUCAGAUGGUUUCCGUCCUUGUUCUGGUUUCACUGCUUUAAUAUGUUCAGAGACCCUUUUCGUUCUGUCCGUGUCACUCAUGGUGGCACUUUACAAAAAGCUGACUCCAGGCCAUUAAUAAUGUCGGCUUCAGAUUGUUACAGAGUAGAAACCAGUGCAGUUGGAAUCAGUGGUGGUGGGGGGGGGAAUGCUCAAAACCUCAACUUACCUCAUUCUGCAGGAGCGAUGGAGGCUCAUUUCUGCGUUUAGAGUUUAAAUUGCAGUGACCCACUUCCCUACAGGCUGCUCACAGCUGGUACUGUGUCCUCGUCCUUCGACCCGUCCGUCCAGACCUCUGAAGCUUCGCCCAAGGUCUGAUGGUCUAUGCAAUUAAUUUAUUAUCCGAAUAAAUGCAACACCGAAAACAAAAGACACCUCAGAUUACGCCAAUAGUUAACCUCACAACAUGGCUUUACACUCAUGGCUUUUAUCUUUCUCAAUAAAGAUGUUUUCCCUUUUCUAAAGCAUGCACGUUCGUUUGGCGUGGGCUAUUGUUUUACACUUUAAAGUCCCCUCAGUUGGCAGAGGCAAGGCCCGACCGACGGGAGUUUUCUCUAGAAAGCAUGAAGUGACGCUCCCCUGCCUGUCGCUGUACACUGCUGGCCAGCUGGCUGAAAGGAGGCCGCUACGAUUCCCACACGCCUACAGGAAAGACCGAUUCGGGCCGCUACAAUUACAAUUGACAAGCUCUGAGCUGAAUGGCUGAUUUGCUGUAGCUGUGAGUCCAUUCCAUCCUGUUUCAGGGGUUUUGUUCACAUAUUUAUUCCAAUUUGCUGUACAGUGAUUUUGAACCGUCCUUCCCUUUAAAAUAAAGCCAGAACGACUCAUUUAGAAAUGCCUUAGAUCUUACUGGAAGGGAUUCGGGGAAACUGCUACUCUGUUUUGCAGGGUUUGAUCUCGGGAUUUGUUUCCAUGCAGUGCAGAUGUCACCAUUAUUCUGGUGAAGCAGUCCGACAUGUUUGAACUCCUUUGUUUCCUCCCUAGUUGUGGCUUUACUGUUUCAGACUUAAACGUGAAAGAAAAAAAAAGUGUUGGAUAGAAGCUGAAUUCAUGCUGCUCCUAAUUUGGGAUUUCUGUCUUUUAGCUAAAGGUCAUUCAUUAUUUCACACGAGGUCAACUUGUAGCCCUUGUUUAUUGUCCACGAACUCUUGUUUGCUGCAUCGGUUUCUCCUCUUUUAUGCAGUUUUUGUUUUUUUUGUUUGUCUUUGUUCUGCUCAGAUGAAGGGGAAAGCGUCCCCACUUUGAAGUUGUCUUUUGGUUUGACAUUUUAAAUAAAUUGUUUUUCACCGUA